AGGAGGAGUUGGAGAUGAGUGAGAGUGAAAGAUGACUUAAUCAGGAUCCACCCUCAGCCUCCGACUCACAUUUUGACUUUUUCCUGGUGAGGUAAAUCCCCCAGCAUUCCCCCCCUUAUGUGCUGUCACAUCCCUCCCACUACUGAAAGUUGUGUGUGUUGCUGUGUGUGUGUGUGUGUGCGUGUAAGACCACUUUUGUCUGACAGUCAGAGCAGAGCAGAAAGAAGGAGCACUCGGCUGCAGAAACUUAAGUCCCACAAACCCCAGUCAGAACUCCGCUCUCAAAGCUUUGGUCCAAUUUGGGAAUUCCAAGUUUUGGAAAGUUUACUUGCUUGACAGCUGGGACGUUUUGCAUUUUGAACAAGGAGUUUUCAAGGAUUUAUCCUGCAGCUAUUUCUUCCUAUCAUUCUUUGAUCCAUCUCUCUCCUUGGAGUUUGAUUCCUCAUUUGCAGAAUUCCAGUUUUUGGGAAAACAUUUCUUCUUUAGUAGGAGAAGGCAGCAUCUAAGUGUUGAGUCCAACUAACAAAGACCCUGGCUCCUGUGAAGAUGGCUGAUGAGGUGCAGCCAGAUUCCAGCAGCCUGCAGAUACUAGGUGAAAGGACCUCCAUCCCAGGCUCACCUGCCAUCGCCAGAAAUGACUGCAGCAUCACCCCCCUCACACCCUCACCAUCACCGAGGGUGGAGAUCAGGCCCAGGAUGAGCUGUCCGUUCUCCGUUGUUGUGGCGAUAGACUUUGGGACAACCUCCAGCGGCUAUGCUUUCAGCUUCACUCAAGACUCAGAGGCUAUACACAUGAUGAAACGCUGGGAAGGUGGGGAUCCUGGAGUGGCCAACCAGAAGAGCCCCACAUGUCUCCUGCUGACCCCGGAUUUGAGGUUCCACAGCUUUGGAUUCGCUGCACGAGAUUUCUACCAUGACUUGGAUCCUGAAGAGGCCCGGCACUGGCUGUACUUUGACAAAUUCAAAAUGAAGAUCCAUAGCACCAGUGACCUCAGCAUGGAGACGGAGCUGGAGGCGGUAAAUGGCCGCAGGGUCAGGGCCAUUGAGGUGUUUGCCCAUGCUCUUCGCUUCUUCAGACAACACGCUUUAAAGGAAGUGAAAGACCAGUCGUCUUCUGUAUUGGAGGGUGAGGAGAUCCGAUGGGUGAUCACUGUUCCUGCAGUAUGGAGACAACCUGCCAAACAGUUCAUGAGAGAGGCUGCAUACUUGGCUGGUCUUAUUUCCCCUGAAUGUCCUGAACAGCUUCUCAUUGCCCUGGAACCUGAAGCUGCCUCCAUUUACUGCCGGAAGCUCCGCCUCCACCAGGUGAUUGACCUGAGCCUGCAGCCAAUCACAAACGGCCUGGAUGCUGAUGGCUCCAGGCCCUUCGAUUCCAGCUUCAGACAAGCGAGGGAGCAGCUGAGACGAUCCAGACACAGCAGGACCUUCCUGGUGGAAAGCGGCACUGGAGAGCUGUGGUCCGAGCUGCAGACCGGUGACAAGUAUGUCGUUGCCGACUGUGGAGGAGGAACCGUGGACCUGACAGUCCAUCAGAUCGAGCAGCCGCAGGGGACGCUCAAAGAACUAUACAAGGCUUCGGGCGGCCCGUAUGGAGCUGUUGGCGUGGAUCUGGCCUUUGAAAACAUGCUGUGCCAGAUCUUUGGGGAGGACUUCAUCCAGAGCUUCAAGGCGAAGCGGCCGGCGGCCUGGGUGGACCUCACCAUCGCUUUUGAGGCGAGAAAACGGACGGCGUCGCCCGGCCGAGCCAACGCCCUCAACAUCUCCCUGCCUUUCUCCUUCAUCGACUUCUACAAGAGGCAAAGGGGCCAGAGCGUGGAGGCAGCGCUGAGGAGGAGCAAUAUGAACAUUGUGAAGUGGUCGUCCCAGGGGAUGCUGCGGCUCACUCAGGAAGCCAUGAACGAACUUUUCCAGCCGACCAUCAACAACAUAGUCAAACACAUAGAGCUCCUCAUGGCGAAGCCUGAGGUGAGCGGUGUGCGCUUCCUCUUCCUGGUUGGGGGCUUUGCAGAGUCCCCCAUGCUGCAGAGGGCGGUCCAGAGGGCCCUGGGGAGGUCGUGCCGCAUCAUCAUCCCCCACGACGUCGGCCUGACCAUCCUGAAGGGCGCCGUCCUCUUCGGGCUGGAUCCCACGGUGGUCAGAGUGCGCCGAAGCCCUUUGACAUACGGCGUGGGCGUCCUGAACCGCUUCGUGGAGGGACGCCACCCCCGGGAUAAACUUCUCAUCAAGGACGGCCGCGAGUGGUGCACGGACAUCCUGGAUCGCUUCGUCUCCGUUGACCAGUCUGUUGCUCUGGGGGAGGUGGUGCGGCGGAGCUACACCCCAGCUCGGGUGGGCCAGCGCAAGAUCAUCAUCAACAUCUACUGCAGCGCCACCGAUGACGUCACGUACAUCUCGGACCCUGGAGUCAGGAAGUGCGGGGCGAUAACCUUGGACCUACCGGAACCGUUACCGCCGACGGGAGCGGUGGGAGGAGCGGGAGCCGCCGCCUCGGAGAGGAGGGAGAUCAGAGCAACCAUGCAGUUUGGAGACACCGAGAUCAAAGUCACAGCCGUUGACGUCAUCUCCAACAGGUCUGUCAAAGCCUCCAUAGACUUCCUGUCCAACUGAGAAGGAGCAGGAAAUGGAAGCAGACUUCAAACACACAAAACAGAUUUCAGGGGUGAUAAGUCCAAGAAAAAGAAAGGGGGAAAAAAGAGGUUGGACUUUGAAUGCAUCAAAGAAACUCUUUAAGCAAGAAGUUUGAGCUUUUCCUCCUCAGAUGAAAGGUAGACUCCCCUGUCAGGACCCA